UGCUGGGGUUGUUGUGCUGCUGAGGGACCUAAUUCAGAUCCCCUAAAAUAAGAAGAAAAGCAGAAAACUCCACACAAGGAAGUUGCCUGCUUCAAUCACUUCAUCUAAAAAAGUACUGGCCCUCCGGUAACAGUUGAAAUGGAGCAAUGGGAGGUUUCGACUUCUUUAGGACCCACAGAAGCCAAAGAUAACACCUCCUCACAGAUAGUUAACAGGUCUUGUGAGAAUCUGGAAUGCUACAUGGUUCUCACCAAGGCCGAGAAGACAGCCAUCGGCUCAAUCUGUUUCCUGGCCGGUCCGAUCACUCUGCUGGAAAACGCUCUCGUGUUGGGAGUGAUCGCUGCAACAGCCUCCCUCCGGCAGCGGCCUUCAUAUCUGUUCAUUGCCAGCCUUGCUUUUGCAGAUGUCUUCGCCAGCUGCUUUUUCACCACCAGCUUCCUGUACUUUCACCUCUUUCGCCGCAGUGACGGCCCCACUGCCUACCUCUUCAAGUUAGGUGGUGUCACCAUGGCCUUCACCAGCUCGGUGGGGAGUUUGCUGCUGACCGCUCUGGACCGCUACCUUUGCAUCCAGCAGGCCUCCAGCUACAAGGUGCUGCUGACCCGCCGAAGAGCCGUGCUGAGCCUGCUGAUCCUCUGGAGCGCCACCAUUUUCAUCUCCUUCUUGCCGCUGAUGGGUUGGAGGUGUCCCACAGGGCUUAAUCCGCCCUGCUCACGCCUGUUUCCCUACAUCAGCCAGGGCUAUCUGGCCUGCUGGACCAGCUUCAUACUGGUGCUUCUGGCUCUCAUUCUGUGUGCUUAUGCUCUCAUCCUGUGGAAGGCCCACCGCCAUGAGUCCUCUAUGACCAGCCUCCAGGGAGCAGCGGGGACAGGACAGGCCCGCAUGAGGAUGGAUAUCCGGCUGGCGCGUACCUUUGGCCUGAUCCUACUCAUACUGGUGAGCUGCUGGCUGCCCGCACUCUCCUUCAUGUUAGCUGAUGUCUCAGUGGUCCUGACUCGUACCCAACAGAGAGCGUUCGCCUUUUGCAGCACCCUCUGCCUGGUUAACUCUGCAGUCAACCCACUGCUAUAUGCACUGCGCUGUCGAGAGCUAAGAGUCGCUCUGCUGCAGUUGUUACAAAGGCUGUGUGAGAUUGGAAGGUGUAGAAAAUCUACAGAGGCUUUAACCCCAGGAUUACCCUCCACAGAAGACAACAACUGUACUGCCAUCACUGAGGAUGAGAUGCCCAGGAACAGAACCACACAGCUUAACUCAAUCUCAGAGAUGGUGAACAAUCAGCAGCCAAACAUCAGACAAUGAUUGAAAUUAAAGAGUAGUUGUACAGAUAGAUACGUGUUUGACAUCGAAUGAAGAAUCAAAUAUGAGCAGGAUUCGUUCCCAUCAAAUUAUUAGUGCUGGUAUGUACUUCAAGGCUAUUGUGUUCAAGGCUAUUCAACAAUAACUCUUGAAUAUUGUUAGUAGCCCCAUAAGUGAUCCGACAGAUCAGAAAGCCUAUCAAAUGUCGGAAACAUGUUACAUAAUGUGUUUUACUUGUAGUUAUGAGACACAAUGUGAAGACAGCUUGUAAAGAGAAACCAUUAACCUUUAAAAAUAAACAAUUAGAACCAUUCUAGUAUCAGAUUCCAGUGGAAAUAAAGCUUAUCAUCUCUGGGCAUUGGUUCAGGUCAGACAAAAGGUUUAUUGUUAUGUUGGACUGGAAGUGAGAUGAUGUCAUGUGGCCAGCUAACCUUUAACCUUUGACUUACCCAUCUCCAAUGUCAGUGCUUUAACGCUCUCACCCCUGUGACAUACUGUGAACUCAAGUGCUGACUUAACUUUUGGGUUCACCACGUGGUGGAAAGGUGCAUUUCUUGUGGGUACGCUUGUUUAUUUUUGAGUAUUUGUCCCUGAGCGUACAGGGACAGAGGACGAUGUGCGUUGCCUUAUCCAAUCAGCACAUGAAUGCCAGGACUCCACAAAAGCCCCAUGCACUUCACACAAUGUCCGCACACGUGAAUCCAAGCAGUGUGCCGAGGUAAAUGGAGCACAUGCCAGGAGGAGAACGAGCACAAGCACCAGAACACUCUUUGCAAUUGUGACAACUGGCAGCUGCAGCAGAGCACACACUAUAUGACAUUUCACUUAAACUCACAGGUGCACAUACCAGACCGAACACGUUUCAACCAUCAACUGAUUAAAGAUAAUACUUGACCAUACUCUAUCCUUAUAUGUUUAUUUUCAAGCAAAUUCCACGCGUAAAUCUUACUCCUUACUUAAUCAUUGUCAAGUGGCAAAAAGUCAGCAGUCUUGUGUUUGCAAUGAUUUAUAAA